CCUUGCCAUAAAUGAAAAGUUGCUUGUUUUAGAGAGAGAAAGUCAGAGAGAGAGAGAAGCUCUUUUGCCUUCCUGUCUUGCACUUUGGCACGACUCAGGACGUUGGAAAAAGGAGAAGACCUGCAAAGCCCCCUCUCUCUCUCUCUCUCUCUCUCUCUCUCUCCUCAUCUCGUCAGAUUCAUCCGCUCCUUAGGGUUUUCUCUCUCCUUCCUCGCGAAUCCAAGGGACCCAAAAGCCCCCUCCCCGGUUCAAGAUUCCGCAACUGUUGCGCACUUCGCUCUUCGCCAGUUCAAAAUCGCCUCGUCAGCUCGCAUUCCCAGCUCCCGAUCUUCGCUCUUCUUCUCUUUGGGCCCAAUCUCAAGUGGGUCACUCUCGCUUUCUUCUGGGUAGUUGAGAAAGAUCGCCAGAUUGCUUGUUCCUUCUUCGUUUGUUUGGUCUGGUCUCGUUGGAGUUAGGUGGACGUGCAAUGAAGGUGUCCUUUUACAUAAACCCCGGUUAGUUUCGGCUCCUCGUACACCCAUUGAGUUUUUUCUGCGUUUGAUCGCUUGGAUUUCUGGAGUUCGGACUUUGAUCAGUGGAACAGGGUCUUAGAUUUAUCGAUUCGAUGGCUGCGUCUGGGGAUAGUGCUGCUAGUGUUGAGGGCAUUGAGAAGCUGGUUUCUGCGAGGAAGUCAUUGAUGCUGAGCUUGGAGAAGUCGAAAGCCCUAAGUUCGACGCUGGAGAAAACGGGCCCCAGAUUGACCGAGAUCAACCAGAGGUUGCCCUCUUUGGAGUCUGCAGUCCGGCCUAUCCGCGCCGAUAAAGACGCCCUUGGUGCUGUAGGUGGACACAUUAACCGUGCGGUUGGCCCGGCCGCGGCGGUGCUCAAGGUUUUUGAUGCUGUGCAUGGCCUCGAAAAGAUGCUGUUGUCAGAUCCGCGCAAUGAUUUGGCAGGGUACCUGUCGGUGUUGAAGCGACUCGAGGAGGCAUUGAGAUUUUUGGGGGAUAAUUGUGGAUUGGCAAUCCAGUGGUUGGAGGAUAUAGUGGAGUAUCUGGAGGAUAAUACGGUGGCAGAUGAUAGGUACCUUUCGAAUUUGAAGAAAUCAUUGAGGAGUCUUAGGGAAUUGCAGAGCGAUGGUGGAAGAGCGCAUCUUGAUGGUGGGCUCCUCGAUGCAGCAUUGGACAAAUUGGAAGGUGAGUCCCGUCGGCUCUUGAUGGAGCACAGUUUGCCCCUUCCUAUGUCUUCUAUAUCAUCUCUUGGAGAACCAGCUUGCAUUGCGCCGUCUCCGUUGCCAGUAGCUGUCAUUAAGAAGUUGCAAGCUAUUCUCGGGAGGUUGAUCGCAAAUAAGAGGCUUGAUAGGUGCAUAUCGAUAUACGUAGAAGUGCGCAGUUCCAAUGUUAGAGCAAGUUUGCAGGCUCUUGAUCUGGACUAUCUUGAAAUAUCAAUCUCUGAAUUUAAUGAUGUUCAGAGCAUAGAGGGGUACAUUGCUCAGUGGGGGAAGCAUUUGGAAUUUGCAGUGAAGCAUUUGUUUGAGGCAGAAUAUAAACUCUGCAACGAUGUAUUUGAGAGACUCGGUAUGGAUGUUUGGAUGGGUUGCUUUGCAAAAAUAGCUGCCCAAGCCGGUAUUCUCGCGUUUCUUCAAUUUGGGAAGACUGUUACAGAGAGCAAGAAAGACCCGAUCAAACUUUUGAAACUAUUGGACAUAUUUGCUUCCUUGAACAAAUUGCGAUUGGAUUUUAACAGGCUCUUCGGGGGAACAGCCUGUGCUGAGAUUCAGAAUUUGACCCGGGAUCUCAUUCAGAGGGUCAUCAAUGGGGCAAGUGAGAUUUUCUGGGAACUUCUCGCUCAGGUAGAGAUUCAGAGGCAAACCCCACCUCCUCCUGAUGGAAGUGUACCGAGAUUAGUGAGCUUUGUGACUGAUUAUUGCAAUAGGCUGCUGGGAGACAAUUAUAAGCCUAUCCUGACUCAGGCCCUGGUCAUUCAUCGUAGUUGGAAUCAUGAGAAAUUCCAAGAGAGACUCCUUAUUACUGAGAUUCUCAAAAUUAUGAAAGCAGUGGAGCUGAAUUUGGAGACUUGGGUGAAGGCUUAUGAUGAUAGUAAUCUUGCCAACUUUUUUAUGAUUAAUUAUCACUGGCAUCUGUACAAGCACUUGAAAGGGACAAAGCUUGGUGAGCUCUUUGGAGAAUCUCCAUUAAAAGAGCACGAACAGUCCCAGGAAUACUACACCACGGUUUUCGUAAAAGAUAGCUGGGGACAGCUUCUCGAUCACUUAAGUAGAGAACGCCUAAUUUUAUUCUCAGGGGGGCGUGCUACUGCUCGUGAUCUUGUGAAGAAGAAGCUGAAAAUUUUCAAUGAAGCUUUCGAUGCCAUGUAUUCAAAGCAGUCAAACUGGGUCAUGCUGGAGAAAGAUCUGAGGGAGAAGACAACCCAGGCUAUAGUCCAAACGGUUGUGCCCGUUUACAGGAGCUUUAUGCAACACUAUGGACCGCUGGUUGAGAAAGACCAAAGUUCGAGCAAAUAUGCUAAAUAUACGGUGCAGAACUUGGAGAAAAUGCUGGGUUCUCUUUAUCAGCCAAAGCCAACUAGAUAUGGCAGUUUCAAAGGAAGGCAGCUUAGUGGAAAGUUUAACAAUGGGCUACAAGACCUUCGCCGCACUGCUUCUGCUGUUAUGUAAUUGUCCCAUAUAUAUGUACUCCAUCAUGGUGAACCCGCAAGGGAACCAUGUUCCAAUAUAAUUGACCCAGAUGGUUGGUAGUCGGUUAGCCUGUUGCCAUGUACAUAUCUCAGAAGAAUGGAGGGUAUCUGCAAUUUGAGUUGGAAGGUGGAAACGAGUUCGUCCAUUGCCAGAAACUCCACCUGGUGAUGAAGUUUUUUAAGUUGCCCCGAUAUUCUUCCCUACUGUGCAGACUGUUAUUCAAAGCUUGAAGAUCUGAGUGUUGAUGGUCUAAUUCAUGGAUCUAUCAAAUCAGAUUGGAGUAUAUUAAUUUGUAGCUGCUGAUUUUACUUUUUGUAUUCAUCAUUUCUGCCCGAUUGCUUGAGUUUCUUGACAGGUGGCAAUAUAACCAUGUAGCUGCUGGGUGUUGUUUAUUUUCUCAUCAUAAAAUGUAUUCAGCUAUCCAGCAGCUAAGUUGAAGGUUCAGAUCAGUGCUAGUAUGUGAACUAUUGUGGUACAAAACAUUUGCAUUAGGGCUCAGGGUCACCAAAGCAGUGCUGUCAAUAAGUAAUGAAAUCAUAGUCUGCCAUUAAUGUUGAUUCAA